AUGUCUUCGGGUGUCAAUGACUUCCGCCGCAAAUGGGAUACAGAAGAAUACGAACGAAGAGCUCAGCAAAGGGUGAGAGGAGACGACGGUUCCAGUGGUGACGACGACAACGAAGAUGUGGACCACGAGAAGAGCGGUGCGGAAGAGCCGAAGGAAGUGAAGAAACGCGAGAAUCUGAAGCCACGGGACUAUAGAGUGGACUUAGAGUCGGGUUUAGGGAAGAGUGUUGUGAUCAACAAAUCGACGCCUUCUUCACAGACCGGAGGCUUCUAUUGUGAUGUCUGUGACUGUGUUGUCAAGGAUUCCAUCAAUUACUUGGAUCACAUCAAUGGCAAGAAACACCAGAGGAAUCUGGGAAUGAAUAUGAAAGUGAACAGAUCCACACUCGAAGACGUCCGCAAACGCUUCCAAAUGAAUAAAAGGAAACUCGAAGAACAGCGCAAAGAGUUUGAUAUUGAAGACCGACUGAAGGAAGUGAAGGAAGAAGAGGACCGACUCAAGGAAUACAAGAAAGACAAACGCAAGGAGAAGAAGAAGAGGAAGAGAGCCGAAGAGGACGACAGCGGACACACCUCUGAGACCGACGACAUGUCCAGACUUAUGGGCUUCAGUCACUUCAGUCACCACAAGAACAAGUAG